AUGGAAAACCAAGCAAUGAACUCUCCUCAAACAGCCAAACAGUCUAUUAUUUCAGAGGAGAUAAUUUCAGAAGGAAAAUGGGUCAAACUUGAAAAAACAACCUACAUGGAUCCUACUGGUAAAACAAGAACUUGGGAAACUGUGAAACGCACAACCAGGAAAGGACAGUCAGCCGAUGGUGUGGCAAUUAUUCCAGUGCUGCAAAGAACUCUUCAUUAUGAAUGUAUUGUUCUGGUGAAACAGUUCCGUCCUCCAAUGGGUGGCUAUUGUAUAGAAUUCCCUGCAGGUCUCAUAGAUGAUAAUGAAAGCCCAGAAGCAGCUGCUCUUCGGGAGCUUGAAGAGGAAACUGGUUACAAAGGUGAUGUUGCUGAAAGCUCGCCAGCUGUAUGUAUGGAUCCAGGUUUGUCCAACUGUACUGCACAUAUUGUGACAGUAACAAUUAAUGGAGAUGAUCCUGAAAAUGUAAGACCCAAACCAAAACCUGGAGAUGGAGAAUUUGUGGAAGUAAUUUCCUUACCAAAGAAUGACCUGCUGAAGAGACUUGAUGCUCUGGUAGCUGAAGAACAUCUUACAGUGGAUGCCAGAGUCUAUUCAUAUGCUUUGGCCCUGAAACAUGCAAACACUAAGCCAUUUGAAGUGCCCUUCCUGAAAUUUUAAGGCCAAAAAGGACAAUAGACAU